ACAAAACUCGACUAGAACGCGUCUUGAAGUGGAAUUUUGUCUGAUUUAAAAAUGCAAAAAAUACGGCAAAUUUUAAGUCUAAUCCCUGCCAAAUGCACCUAAAAGUGUAGCAGUUGUGAUUCGCAGUAGUUUUAGGACGGCGGAUUCUCGAAAAUCGUGCGCAUGGUGUGUUACAACUGGAAUGCGAAAAGUGCGCCUGCAAUUUGUUGAUAGUGGGUGGAUCUGAAAAGUGUCUGGCAAGGGUGAAGCUGUCGUCUUGAGUGCGGGGGAAAUUAUCCUGGAAAGGCGAUGAUGGUCCAACGAAACAUUAUAGAUGUUCUUUUGAGCGCGGAUAGUUCCCAUUAGUUGGGAGUGUGCAAUAAUUUGUGGAAAGUGAACAUGAUUCGUAAACAGUGACAGCUACAACUAGUAAAGAAAGAAUCUUAGCAGCUGCCGGAAGGACUUGACAUGGCUGGUUACAAGUGCGUAAACUUCAUCGAUUUGUGUCGCUUGUGUGCCAGCAGCGGAGGUGGUAAAACCGGUAUAUUUUCGGAAGAAGGUAAAAGGAGGAAUAUCCUGUCGAAAAUAACGGAUUGUUUAAAGAUAAAGGUGCACGAGAAAGACCGAUUGCCGAAAAGCGUUUGCGCAAAAUGUCUGAAACAGUUGGAUACACAGGUGGAGUUUCGGGAGUCAGUAGUGAAAGCUCAAGGAAUGCUAGAGAGUUGCCUCAAUUCGACAAAGCUGCGUAAUGGGGGGAUGGUUUAUAUUAAAGAUGAUUCAGUUAAGGAUCAGCAUUUCGAUCCGGUCCAUACCGUUCUGAGUACGGUUAAAUCAAGUACCGAUGUUGGAGUUCCUGCCACAAUAACCCUUCCUACCAUCCAGACGCAGCCAUUACCAACGCAAACCCAGCAGGUCAGGUUAGUUCCAGCAACCGUUACCAGCACCGCACAGCAAUCAGUCGCAUCGACUUCUGCAUGUGCUCCGACCAUGACCACUCCAAUCAUCAUAAACAACCUUCCGAAAGGGUUCGCUCAGUCCAAUAAUACCAUCCCUGCAACGGCUACCAUCAUGACUCCGAAUGCCGAUUUCCUCAGUAGUAUUAUGCAGGCAGUUGGAAUUCAAUCCGGUGAAACCCAGCAGGACCGAUCCCAGGUUCAGAAUCAGCAGCAUGUGCAGAACCAACAUCAACAACAGCAACAACAGCAGCAGCAACAACAACAACAGCAAAUGGCUCAAUACACGAUUACGUUGGAUGGGCAAACGAUCAAAGCUAACCAGAUACAUUACAAAAUUCAGGAUACUAAUCAGACUUUUGUUUCUGCUGGGGCAAAUAGUGAAACGGAACAGCCGACAACGUACCAGCAAAUGGACGAGUUUCUUAAAUUGAAAACACCGGUCAAAUCGGUGAAGAGAGAAUUUCUGGAGAAAACGCCGCCUGAAUCAUCGGCAGCAAAGAAACCAAAAAUUAGCGUUCUUUUCAAAUCGCCUUCAGCCGGCCAACCUGCGCUAGUUACGACGACACCAACCAAGUCAGCUAUUUUGGCGACAACGAGCUCACCGGUAUCCGUGUCCAGCAGUCCGAUCAGUAUAACACCUGUUUCUUCGACGACCAGCAUAGGAGGAUUUUCGGCUGGAACAAUGAUUACUAGCACACCGGUCAACAGUGUGCCCUCUGGCACCACGCCUAUAAAAACGACAAUUCCGGUGUUGGAUGCGAGCAAAAUGAUGCAAGGCAAUAAAUGUAUUGUUCCGAUUAUGCUGAAAACGGAUAGUGGGGGUGAACAGAUUGCACUAGCCCCGAUUGGCAAUGUUGGCGAUAUGAAUAAAGGUCUCCUCCCCAAUGUGCAGUACGUGCAGAUGAAACUUGAAACGGGAGCGGAUGGGAUGUUUCGGCUUGCACCGAUGCAAAUGCCACCAGCCCUCACAUUGACUCCACAGGGUUUGCAGCAAUUUGGUAUUCAACCGCUGCAAACGAUACAAACGCAACAUGCCCAACAACACCAAAUCCAAAUUCAACCACAGGCACAUCUGACGAUGCCAAGCGUGCAGGUUCCGUUGUCCAACUACCUAAGUCUAGUCGAAAAAUCAUCACAAGCGCAAGCUGCAAGUGAGAUGCAAACAUCUCAGGCAAAUCUCAUCAUUACAACACAGCAAGUUCAACAACAGCAGCAGUUGCAACAACAACAGCAGCAACAACAGCAGCAGCAACAACAGCAGCAGCAGCAGCAACAACAGCAGCAGCAGCAGCAGCAACAACAACAGCAGCAGCAACAACAACAGCAGCAGCAGCAGCAACAACAGCAACAACAACAAUUGCAGCAACAGCAAUCACAGUCGCAAGUGCAACAAACAGCGCAGGUUCAAAUUAUUCAUCGGCAGGUGAAUCAACCGCAGCCGCCGCAACAACCGAAACCCCAGAAACCCAAUCCUCCACCUCAGCCAGUGCAGCAGGCACAGCCCAUUCAAGUAAACAGAGCUCGACCAGUCGAGCAAAAUGAUCCACUGAAUUCCUCCACUGAAUCUAAUGAAGGAUCCCUGACGGCACAAUCCAUAGCUGCAACACAGCAGAUGAAAGCCAUUUCCGCCCUCUCCGUUAAGCAGGACUCAAUGGAGAGCGGUGGGGCAACGUGUAGUGGCACUGCUUCCGCUGGCGUUAGCUUUACCUCCUGCGAUGUGUGUUCAAAAUCGUUCAAACGAAAGGAACACCUGAUGCAGCACCUCAAAUCGCACGUUGGCUUGCGACCGUUCAAAUGUGACGAAUCAGGUUGCGACAAAUCGUUCAGUCGGAAGGAACAUCUCAUGAGACAUAUUGUUUCGCACACGGGGAAAAAGUUGUUUUCCUGUCCAGUAUGCCGAAAAUACUUCUCUCGGAAAGAUAAUUUAAACAAGCAUAAAAAAACUCACCAGGACAACAACAGCUCAGCACCGUUCCACUGUUCUAUAUGUAAGAAAGGCUUUUAUAUCAAGGGACAAUUUUUGAAGCACAAGCAAAUGCAUGACUCUGUGGCACCAGAAUCUUCUGAGCAGAAGAUAAUUAAAAAGCUUCCGGUCAUGGAAAAGAACGAUUCAACUCCACUUCCAUCUCAACAGUCUCAACAACAACAACAACAACAGCAGCAGCCGCAUCAAGCACAGUUACCUACACAACAACAGCAACAACAACAACCACAGCAACAGCAGCAACAUCCACCAAACCUGCAAACAAGUACCGUCGUUCAACCGCAACAAAUUUUCACAAUCCCGGCGCAAAUUCAAAACAGCAGCAAGUCCCAAAUAAUCCACCAGCUGCAGAUUGCGAUGCCAAACAGUAUGGCCAGUAGUCAGCAGAGUCAACAGAGCACCAUUCAAACCCUAGCUGGACUGGGAGGGGCCACCAAGACGGCCAUCAUCAAAUCGGCGGAUGGGAAUUCUGCCACCGUCUAUACCAUCCCGUCUAAUUUCAUCAUCGGCGGGACGCAGUUUCUUGGUGCGUCACGGGAGCUCUUGGGAAAUAUUAAAAUCGAACAGAUCACCUAGGAGCGGCAGUUUCGCUGUGUGAGGUAGCAUCAGUUUAACCCGGUUAUGUGAAAUCAUUCCAGUGAAUACAUAGUGUGAGAGAAAAAUUUACAAAAUCAAAUCAAGUUGAUGCCAUAACAAGUUUUUACGUUGUUUUAAGUUGCCAUAUUUUUAGGAAUGUUUUUUUUGAAUAUCAGUGGAUGCAAUCCACUGAAGAACAGUUCGAAUUUGUUCGAAGUAUCUUCAAUACCUUCAGCGAAAGUUAUUUUUGUUUCAUGGGAAAAUCAAUUUUUCUGCAAUUGGUUAUAUUCAAAAAAAAUUGUUUGAUUUAUGUCAAACUUUGACCACAUAAACAAUCGCAAUCACACAAAUCUAAACGGAAUCAGUAAUAGCCAUCGUUGGAGCUCUCUGGAUAGCUUCUGGUGAAAAAAACGAGCCGGAAUUGGUGGCUUCGUACAAUAUCGAGUGUGACUCGGACAAUACCGUUCAAAUCGCAUUUUCAUCUUAGACUUUAUACACAGUUUAGGUAGUAGUUUGUAGAAUACGAUAAAAGUAUGCAUUAAACGAUCAUUGAAUGUUACAAUUUUAUUACUAACUUAUUCUGUUUGUCUAUUUUGUGUAAAGUGUUCGCUUUCAGUAAUGUAACUCAUUGGCUAGAGUAGCAGAAUGUACAGUGUGGCAGAAAUUUGUAUCAUGUUCAAAGUUGUAGGAUGAUGUGACUAGUUUUUAUUCGGCUUAGAACAGUAAGUCUGUAUUUUGUAUUAUACGAUUUCUUGUGAUGUACAUACAUAAAUUAAAGUAAAAUA